AAACAGUUCCGGCGUAGAAACUACUGGAACGACCGUCCCCGCCCCAACAUGCGAGGGAUCUGGAGCCAAGUGAUUACCCUAGCGGUAAUUCAAAUCGCUCUAGUCACGGGCAAGGCGCUAAUACCACAAGAACAACAAGCACAGCAACAGUUGGAACCAAAGUCAGCUUCGAGCAAUGUAGCCCAGAAACGUGUGGGCUAUGACUACCCUGCCCCGCCUGUGGAUCUCGUGAAUCCAUAUCAAGAUCAUGACGAUCUUCACCUUCACGGAGACCAUCAUGAGGUGAUAGAACAUCACGACGACCAUGAACAUCACGGCGAUGAUUUCCACGAUCAUCAUGAUCAUCACGAUCUGCAUGAAGAGCAUCACGUAGAGGAACACCAUGAGGAACAUCACGAUCACCAUGACCAUCAUGACCCAGGGUACUGGAAAAAGAAACUGAUCUGGAAGCCUGGCUGGAAGAAGAUAUGGAAACCAUCCAAAAAGCAGAUAUGGAAACCUUCAUGGAAGAAAAUAUGGAAGCCUAUCUGGGUACCUACCAAAAUUCCUGUUUGGAAAGAUAUCAAAGUUCCAGAUUGGAAGAAAAUUUAUAAGCCCGUAUGGAAACCUAUUAAAGUACCGGCGUGGAAAGAAGUGAAAGUCCCUGAUUGGAAGAAAAUUCAAGUUCCAGUUUAUAAAGAUAUAGUUGUACCCGGCUGGAAAGAAAUUCAGGUACCUGCUUGGCGCAAAAUAUGGGUACCAGAAUGGGUUAAAGUUGGCGUACCUGGUGAGAAGUACCUAGGAAAAGACCACGACGGUUGGGAAUAUACGUCACAUGAUCUAUGGAAGAAAAAGCUAAUUUGGAAACCUCUUUGGAAGAAAUACUGGAAACCGGCAAAGAAGCAAAUUUGGAUACCGGACAAGAAAUUGGUGUGGAAAGAUGAGUGGAAGCAGAUUUGGAAGACAGAAAAGAAGCAAAUUUGGGUCGAUGACAAAAAGUUAAUCUGGAAGGAGGCUUGGCAACAAAUUUGGAAACCCUCCAAGAAACUGGUCUGGAUCCCAGACAAGAAAUUAGAAUGGAAGGAAUCCUGGAAGCAAAUUUGGAUUCCGGAUUGGAAGGAUAUUUGGGUACCAGGAGUAAAGAAGAUAUGGCGACCUGUUUGGAUUUCAGAAUGGUUCCCGUCUCCAGAUCACCAUGAGCACGUUCAUGAAUCACACGGUUGGGAUAGAAGUGAUAACAGCGCAGCAGCAAGCCAACAAUCGGUAACAGUGAAAAAAGCUCCUAAACAAUCAAGUCCUCAGCAACCUACACAGUCAACGUGGCAGUUCCCAAAAUAAUUAACUUAAGUUAACAUAUUUGGUUAUAGAUAAUUAUCAAAGAUGUUCGCAGAGUCAUAAGCAAUAAGAGCGCUCGAGUUACCAGAUCAACGAAAAUCACGUCAGGAUUGUAGGUAAAUUCCGUAUGCAAAUUUAAAUUCGUACAAAACGCUCUGCGAAACUAAAUAUUGCGAUUGUUUCUAUGAACUGCGAACAUUUGUUAGUGUUGAUAGCAUUGCAAAAGAGGAAUAUUGAAGCUUUAACUAAAUGAUGUGGUGUAUUUUAAAAUAGGAAAAUUACAAUUGUUUUACAAAAUGUCUGUGAAAUAGUACCUACUUAUUAAAUAAAGCGUAAGGCAACUUAUUAAUAAAGUAGCAAGGCCUAUUGAAAUGGGACGUAAUGAUGAGUAACAGUGAAUGUUAAAAAUAGACACUUAAAAGCCUAAAUUUUACGUACUUUUUAAGUUUUACUUUAUAAAGUUGACAUUGCUUUGUUCCAUCUUGUCAAUUAAAGUAAUUCUAGUGCCAGAAACUGAGACAAUAGUAAUUUGACAAUUUCCUCGCAAUCACUCGAAAUGAUGUAAUCGACUUGAAAAGUGAUGAAGCCCACUGAUUAUUGUGUUAUGUUGUUCUUUGUGUGUGUGUUCUAGUUGUUGUUAUUGCUUUAAUUUUAAGUGAAUUUUAAUAGAUAUAGCUGAACCAAUGAAAUAAAUAUAAGUU